UCCACAGAAGAAGGCUGAGCUUAGCAAUUUGAUUUCUGUAUAAAUAUUUUGUUUUGUUUUGUAGACCAUCAGAUAGUAAGCUACGGUUGAUUGAAUAUUUCAGUACUGUAGGUCUCUUCAUGCUCCCUCUUACGAUUGUUUUUACUCCGCCAUUAGCGUAACAAACCACGCCCAUUCACGAAAAAAUAAAUCGCUCACACUUAGUACACGCAGCCUUGCUUGCAAGCACAUUGGAACAUAAAUUGGGAAGUGGUGACAGAAGUUGAUGGAGAAACAUGGCCCGCAUCUCUCUCCCCUCUUUGGACUCCUCCCUUCCAGGGAUACCCCAGAGUGUGCUGGCUGUUUCCAUGGAAACAAAGUACCAAUGCCAGCAGUGUCACCAGGUCCUAAGGAAACCAGUCCAGGCUCAGUGUGGACAUCGCUUCUGUUUCCACUGUUUCAAACUGCUCACCAGCUCUGGCCCCAAGCCCUGUGAAGCCUGUCGCCAGGAGGAGAUAUACGAGGAGCCACAGUCCCUUCUUAACAGUAAUGAGGCUUUUCCAGACAAUGCGGCCGGUAGAGAAAUUGCCAGCCUUCCAGCCAAAUGUGUCAAUGAGGGAUGCUCUUGGACUGGUUGCGUCAAAGAAUAUGAGGCACAACAUGAGGGAAAGUGCGAGUACGAGCGGGUACCAUGUGAAGCCUGCCGGGUCCUCAUCCUGUGCAGUGAGAAGGACAGACAUAACGAGAGAGAAUGUGAAGCAAGGACAUUGAACUGCAAGUACUGCAAAGCCUCCUUCAACUUCAAGGAAAUCAAGGCACAUGAUGAAAUCUGCCAGAAGUAUCCCAUGCAGUGUAAGGCCUGUGGAAAGAAGAAGAUACCCAGGGAAAAGUUUCUAGAUCACAGCAGAUCAUGUGCCAACUCUAAGACUGCAUGUCCAUUCAGUGAGGUUGGCUGCAAGGCUGUGAUCGAUAAUGGGAAGCACAGUGACCAUGAGCAGACCAGCGUCAUGGAUCACAUGCGUCUGAUCCUAGCGACGGUGUUGUCUACAGGGAAGCUGCCGCGUCCAGAGUCCCACGGGCCAGGGGAGUGGCAGGAGGAUUCUGGUCUGGGCCUGUACCGCGCUCCAGAGGAGGGGGCCACCGCUACUGCAGACGCUGCUCCUGGACAGACAUGUGGCCUUGAUCGGAAGGUGACAGCGCUGGAGAACAUCGUGUGUGUCCUGAACAGAGAGGUGGAGAGGAGUUCUCUGACGUUGGAGGCCUUCUCACGUCAACACCGACUGGACCAGGAGAAGAUCGAGAACCUCAGCAACAAGGUGCGUCAGCUGGAACGUACUCUCACCAUGCGGGACCUCCAGCUGGCUGAGACCGACCAGACUCUGAGAGAACUCCAGUUUUGCACCUACGACGGAGUCUUCGUCUGGAAGAUCGCCGACUUCUCACGACGCCGCCAAGACGCGGUGGCUGGGCGAACGCCGGCCAUGUUUUCACCAGCAUUCUACUCCAGUAAAUAUGGCUAUAAGAUGUGCCUGAGACUGUAUUUGAAUGGAGAUGGAACAGGGCGAGGGACCCACCUUUCUCUAUUCUUCGUGGUGAUGAGGGGCAAGUGUGACGCUCUUCUAAAAUGGCCUUUCAGUCAGAAGGUGACUCUGAUGCUGCUGGAUCAGAAUAACAGGGAGCAUAUCAUUGAUGCCUUCAGGCCCGACAUAAGCUCCACCUCUUUUCAGCGACCAAUCAGUGAGAUGAACAUAGCCAGUGGUUGCCCACUCUUCUGCCCAUUGGCUAAACUGGCAGGCAAGAGUUCCUACCUUCGUGAUGACACAAUAUUCAUCAAGGCUAUUGUAGACCUCACAGGUUUGUAGAGGCUGUGGAAGCCCCCUACACAAAUGCAUCAAAUAACACAGACAAAUAUUCAGAAAUUAUGGCAUAAGUUAUAUUAUAAUAUGCAUAUUUAUUAUUAUAAGAAUAUCUUAGAUAAUGUACAACUGUCUCAAAACGUUGUGAAGCUGCGUAAAAUGCAAAUAAAAACAAUGCAGUGAUGUACAAAUCAUUUAUCCCUAUUUUGGUACAAAGACAAGAUAUGAAAUUGAAACCAAGAAAUUUUAUUGUUUUUGGUUAAAAUACAUGCCCAUUUUGAAUUUGAUGCCAGCAACACUCAAAUAAGUUGGGACAGGGGCAUGUUAACCACUGUGUUGCAUCACCUCUUUUAACGACACUCUGUAAGGAUUUGGAAACUAAGGAGAUCAAUUGCUGUAGUUUUGAAAGUGAAAUGUUUUCCCAUUCUUGCUUGAUAUAGGAUUGUAGCUGCUGAACAGUUCUGGGUCUCCAUUGCCUUAUUUGUCACUUCAUAAUGCACCAAAUGUUUUUAGUAGGGGACAGGUCAGUUUAGCAUCUGGACUCUUUUACAACAGAACCAUGCUGUUGUAAUAUGUGCAGAAUGUGAUUUGGCAUGGUCUUGCUGAAAAUGAAUGGGACCUUCACAGAAGUGCAAGUCACCCAUGCCAUAUGCACUAAUGCACCCGCAUACAUCACAGAUGCUGGCUGGCAUG